AUGAGUGGUAGUAGUAGAGACCCUCUUGUUGUUGGAGGUGUAAUUGGUGAUGUAUUGGUCCCCUUUCAAAGUUCUAUUCCUAUAAGAGUUUCCUACAAUGGUAAAGAACUUAACAAUGGCUGUGAAUUCAAACCUUCUCAAGUUGUCAAUCAACCAAGAGUUAGUGUUGGUGGAGAUGAUCUUAGAAACUUCUAUACUCUGAUCAUGGUGGAUCCAGAUGCACCUAGCCCUAGUAACCCAAAUUUGAGGGAGUAUCUUCAUUGGUUGGUGACUGAUAUUCCUGCAACUACUGGACCUACUUUUGGUCAUGAAGUGGUCCCUUAUGAGAGUCCACGACCUUCGAUGGGAAUUCAUCGCAUCGUCUUUGUGAUUUUUCGUCAACUUGGUAGAGAGACGGUUUAUGCUCCAGGUUGGCGACAGAAUUUCAACACUAGAGAAUUUGCAGAACUUUACAAUUUGGGAUUGCCAGUUGCUGCUGCUUAUUUUAACAUUCAAAGGGAACAUGGCUCUGGUGGAAGAAGGUUAUGAUGAUGAUUGACUAUCUUAUUGCAUAAAAAAAAA